CAAAAUAAAUACGUUUUUCAGUACUGGUAACACCAUUAUUUUUGUCCUUGUUCUUGUUGCCAAAAACGCUACACAAAAAUUUUGGAAAAAUCCUCCAUUUAAUUUAAUACUCAAAAUAAUUAGCUUCAGUUUAUGUUAGAAAAUUUCUUCAAUAAAUAAGCUGGAGUGCUAUUGCGUUACAGUAUUCCUUUUGAAGUUCGUUUUAAGUUCAUUGUAGAUUAACAUUUUCAUUGUAAGCAGCAGCAAUGGAAGAUAAUUCUUCGAGCGAUGACGAAAUUCCUUCUUCCUCUACAGGCUCCAAAUCCGGAGGAAAAAAACUAAAACUUAACGAUGGAAGUUCGCAAGAUAGUGUCAAGGAAACUGUUGUGUCGCAGAGUAAAGACGAGAAUGUGGACAGUGGGGUGUCAGCGGAUAAGUCUGAGAGCACCAGUAGCGAUGAUCGCGCUGAGCGUGCUGAGAGUGCUCCAGCACCGGUGCAGGGCCCAUCCAACGAGGAGGUGAUCGUAGCGCCUUCCAGCAGUAACGUCCGUGCGAUCCUAUUGAAUAUUAAACGUCCUAAGUGGAGCAGAAACUACAGGAAACGCAAGACUCCCGGUAGGGAUUCCGACAGUGACUCAGACAGGGAUUCUGAUGAUUUAUCUGUAGAUGAGACUCCUUCAGGGGCUAAUGAUACUUCAAAUACUAAUACAAACUCUGAAACCGAAAGUGAACAUGAUAUAAGGAGGUUGGCAGACUUCCUUACUCCAGAGUCUGAUAUGAGCUGCCACAGUCACAGUGGCUCUUCAAGUUCGUCAGAUAGUCCAGGGAGUUUUGCUUCUGAUAAUAUUUUGGGGAUUCAAUCUGGAGACUCUGAUACUGAUGAUGAGGCUGCUAAUCCGACUGAAGACAAUGAGGGCAAUGAUGAAAGUGAAGCCACAAUACCUCCUGUUUUACUCAAGCCUAGACCCAAACACAGCUAUUUGCUGCUCAGAGAGAUAAUGAACCGGGAGAUGGGGCUGACAUUUCCCUGCGGCAAGACCGCGCAAGACCACGCCGUGUUCGAGAGCAGGUUCUACGGAUCCCUACACGCGGUAUACAGACUGAAAAAGCUACACAAUCUCAAUAAACACAGGGGCUGUGUUAAUUGCAUUAACUUUCAUCCUGAAGGUCAAAUGCUAGCUUCAGGGUCGGAUGAUACAAACGUAGUGUUAUGGGACUGGGCCCGCAACAAACCCUUAACCAUAAUAAAGACGGGACACAAAUCAAAUGUGUUCCAAAGCAAGUUCCUAUACCUUAACGCUAAGAGUCAAGUGAAUAUUGUAACAUGUGCCAGAGAUGGACAGGUCCGUCUCCUGCAGUCGCACCCGAGCGGAGGCCCGCAGGCGGCGCGGCGCAAGCUGUGCUCGCACUCUCGCGCGGCGCACAAGCUGCACGUGACGCCGUACGAGCCGCACCUCGUCGUCUCCGCCGGGGAGGACGGGCUCGUCAUGCAGUGCGACGUCAGGACUGAACAUCCCUCCAGAUUAUUCCAAGUUAAGGAUCGUUCAGUGGUGAUCCCCCUAUACAGUGUAUGUGGCCACCCGUUAGAGCCCAGAGAGCUUAUAGUAGCCGGUCGAGACAAAUAUGUGAGACUUUACGACCGACGCAAGUGCACCAAACCAAUCGGAUACUUCUGCCCAGCCUCAUUCAGUGAGAACUCUCUUACGCCGAAGAACGGGCCCACGGAUCCACUGGUGGUAAGCAAUCAGCGCCGCCCGUGGACAUCUGCCAGACUUGAGGAGAUACAAGGCACGGUAAGGAGAAAAGUCCGGCUCUCGAUGAUGCACCUAACUUGCGCAGUGUACAACCACAAUGGAACUGAAAUUCUCGGCUCCUACAACGACGAGGAUAUUUACCUGUUCGAUGUUAAGAAGGAUGUAUUCGAUAAAACGACAACAAGUGAACGCGAGACUGUGGGCUACACACAUCGUUACAGUGGUCAUCGCAACAGUGCAACAUUUAAAGGCGUAGCGUUUUAUGGACCGAGGAGCGAAUACGUGGUUUCCGGGUCUGAUUGCUCCUACAUUUAUAUAUGGGACAAGAAGACGGAGUCUAUCGUACAAUGGCUGGUCGGAGACAUUCAUGGAGUAGUUAAUUGCGUAGAAUCUCACCCAAAAUGUCCAGUGCUGGCGACAAGCGGGCUCGACAAGGAUAUUAAGAUUUGGAUGCCUAAAAGUCAAUACGACCCUACAUAUGAUGGCAUAGAAAAAGUAGUACGAAAAAACGGCAUGACACAACAAAGAAGUCCGCUGUUCAGUGAUUUUUUACCUACACUAUAUAGUGCUUGGAGAGGAGAGAACAGACUAUUUUCCGACGAUGACAGCCAACCGCCCAUGUCGGGGAACAUAGAAUUCGAUGGAAACGUAUGCACCACCUUCUAAAGACUCAGCGACGACCGUUAUGAAUAGAUUUAAACGCAGCAAUUCGAUGGAAACGUAUGCACCACCUUCUAAAGACUCAGCGACGACCGUUAUGAAUAGAUUUAAACGCAGCAAACUUCUAGUAUCCGAGAUUUUGUUUUUUUUGUUAAAUUUCAUUGAUUGGUUAGUAACGUAAGCUUACUAUGUCAAGGUGGAGGGUCAAGAAACCUACUGUUUGUGCCAGAAGCGGAAUAUGCUCUACUAUAAGAAUAGUAUUUAGGAAGCCAUGUUUCUAGUUGAGAUAAGAUUGCGUUGUGUAACUAAAUCAGUUUUCCAUUAUUAAAAUAAAUAUAAUUCUUUUAAAGUUAAAACUUAUUUUGUUUUUAUACAUUUGUUGUCUGUUAUGUCGGAAAUUAAAGUUAAAUGUCGUUUUUCUUUUGAUGGACAUGUUUCAAAUUCUUUUUUGAAAAUUUUGUUCUUAGAUUUGACGUUAAAGUUUAUUACUUAACGAUCGUUAUUAUACAAACAUUUUCAUGGAAGAACCAUACGUCAAACUAUAAGCUGAAUAAGAACAAACUGUCCAGCCAAUCGAGAAGCGAUGAGAGCUCAAUAAUUUCUUGAUAUUUAGGCGAUUUGUAAUAUGUAACGAGUGAUGCUCUUUGCAGCAUUGUUUAUUUUGUAAAUUUUAACACGUUUUAAGCUAUUAAAGGCAAUACACCUGUUACUAUCAGGUGACAGGUGCAUAUACUAUCAUUAAUAUACGACGGACGACACGAAAACACGCGAUGGAUCAGCGUGGGGUGCUUAGUCUGGUCUUACCUUUAUUUUUUGUUCAUGUAAAAUCACACACGCUGCAUUUAAAUCUAGACUUAACAAAUUUGUGUAACUAGGAAUUAGUUUGUUAUCUAACAUAUUUCAUUCACUUUUUAUUUAAAUAUUGUAAUGCCAAACACAAUGUAAACAUUAGUUGUUGAGACGCUUGUGGUUUUUGAAAUAUUAACGACAAUGAUAAAAUGCUAUUUAUAAAUAUUAUCUUUAAUAUUAUUAAUAUCAUUGACCUAGUAGCAGUUAGUAUACAAACAAAAUGGCUACCGGAUUAGCGGCAUCCGGAUUUCGUAUUUACGAUACGACACAGCUAAUAAACCCGUUGUGAAAAGUGUCUUUAUUAUUAUUAGCUAGAUAUUAUAAUAUUUAGUUGUUUAUAAACACCCAAUAUAGUAAAACGACCGAUUUUAUAAAUUUAUAUAUCCAACAGACGAAACGCGGGAAACUAUUUGAAUUUCGCUCCAAAAAAGUUGUCAGGAACAAUAAUAUUUGCAUACUGGCUGUAUGGUUGAUUGCAUAAAGGUCAUGUGUAAUCUCAGCACGUAUUACGGGACGAUACGCUGACGCAACUACUACUGGCGUAUUAGUCAUGAUUUGUAUUUAAAAUAUCUAUUUACAAAUGACCUGUACUAUGUACUCGAUUUAGUCUGUGUUAGCUUGUUUACCGUUACGGACUUCAGACAUGUAUACACCAUACAUAGUGUAUAUAAUAAAAUAUGUCCCUAAAGAAAACUUUGGACUCCUUAAUUUAACGUCUAUGUGAAAGUUUUAAGACACUAGUGUAAUGAGAAUUAAAUACUUACCACAGUUUUAUAUAAUUACAAGUUAAGAAACUAUAGUAACUUAAUAAUACAGUUCUCAAUAUUAAACAAAUGACACAUAGUCUCGUAAAGGAGACAUGUUCGUAAUUCAAAUUCAAGAAAAAAAUCUAUACAUGACCAUUUUAUCUGGUUAAAGCGAAAGAAAUUAGCUUUUUGAAUAUUACCUAAUUAUUCACUAACCACAUGGGAGUUAAAUUUAUUAAUGCCUUAUCUAAGCUAGGUACUUUUGAAAACAACUUUUAUGAUUAAAACAAAAACCACAAGUGUUAUAGUUUGGUAGCUUUGAAAUUUGUAAACGGUAAAAUAGUUUUUAUAUUACAUUACUGUGUAUAUGCCUGUGAUAUACUGAUUUGAUUUAUAAAUUAGAGGAUAUGUUGUUUGUAAUAAGUUUUGAAAAGAUGUGCUAGUUAACAUAAUUAAUAGUUGAUUGAAAUAAUUAGGCGGAAUAAGAGUGAUACAAAAAAAUGUAACAAUCAAUACUUAUUUUAUAUUCCUUUAAAGUUUUGAAGUUGAAGAUCAUAAAGUCGUGGUAUUUUUUAAUGAAAAUGGAUAUUCUAGAUUGUUUAGUUUGUCAAUCUAGCGCGGUAGAAAUUACCCACGCUAGGAUAUCUGAUUUAUCUACAUUUCUUUCUUUGUACCUACCUAAUAUUUUUGUAGAAAGAAGACAGUUGCCCUUGCUAUGAAGACAGUCGCCUUGUAUUUCCGAUUAUUUUACCCUGUACUCAAUCUCUAAUGUAACUUUAAUAUUUUUAGAGUAAAAUAAAUACAUAAAAUCCUUAGUUUAUAGCAGCUUACGGUUUUUUCUUUUUACAAUAGAAAUACAGAUUGCAAAAAAAUACUGUUAAUGGUGAAACGUAAAAUACCACGCUAUCGUCGAAAUGUAUUGUUACGACAAUAGUAAGUACUUUUCUUCUUCCCUCCUAUUUUACAUUUAUCCACUAUAUUAGUUUCAUCUGUAGAAAAAAUAUGAUUGUAAGAAAUUGUCUCGAACAAUUCAAAACAGACCCCUUUAAAAAAAAAUAUAGCUACCUAAAACCAUUUUAUAGACCAGAACUAAACACUUAUUUACCUUAUAAUUGUUAUUUUCCUGUUAUUCUGUUUUCUUAUUUUGUAAAAAUUACUUACUAUAUUUCAAUAAACUUUAUAGGGGUCAAUAUCGACUUAUUAUUAUUUUGUUAAACAUGGCAAUUUCAGUGUUGAUUUUAACAAAAAUCAACUUGAUUUUGUUUGUAGAUAUACAAUUAUAGUUGUUUGUUUAUGUAAGAGGUUGGAUUGUUGCGGAUAAUUGUAAAUACCUACAUACAUAGAACAACCGUUAUGUGUAAAAUAUUACACAUUAUAACUUUUUCUAUACUUGGUUUGCCACCGCUCAUCUAGGUCAUAUGAUUCUAUUAUUUUAGUUGAGUGUAUUUUAUUUAUCGUUAGCUACCGUCUCCCAAUGUGAGUGGAGUAAAAUGUAAGGUUUAGUCCCAAUGUGUAAAUAAAUGAUGAUUUUGAAUAAUGUCUUUGAUUAUUUUCUCAAUUAAGUAGGUAAUAAUAAUCACACACUACAUA